GUCGAUGAUGAUGAUUAUGAACCAAUCAGAUGGCAGGUUAUGGUUUAAAACGAGCCGCAGGAGAGACGUGGGUAUUGCUGUUGUAAACACAGUUGAUUGCAGAUUGAAAACGAAAAGGCGAAAAUCAAUUUACCGAAGAUGGCUACCAUGAUUUUUGUUGACAAGGAAAACGGAGAGCUGGACACAACUGUAGGUCCUAAAAACCGCACGAGGUUGCUGUCUGCUCCAGGUAAACGCAGCUCCAAUACAUUUGGGGAGAAAGGUCUUCAGACUCCUCGUCCUGGGAAGGUGUUUGGUCUUGCUAACCCUCUCUCUGCUCGCAAAGCUCUGGGAACUGUCAAUAAGAUCAGCUCUGUUAGACCUGACGUUUCUGGGAACAAACAGAAGUCCAAGGUUGCUGCAAAGCCAACAGAAAAGGUUAAAGUUUGCAUGCCAGUUAAAGAGCGUCAAGAAUAUCCAGAAAUUGAGAAAUUUAUCCCAUAUAAUCCAGUUGAAUUUGAAAGCUUUGAUGUUCCGGAAGAUCAAAGAUUAAGCCACCUGUGCUUGGCAGGAUUGGCACCUCCAGCAGCAAAGGAAGAGCUGGACAGUUUUAGCGUGUUGCACUCGUGUAUGAAACUGUCUCCAUUGAAAUCCCAGAAAGAGAAUUUAUGUGCCGAAGUGGACUCCUUCUUGCAAACUGUCAGUCAGCUAACAAUAGAGCUGCCACCACUGGACCUGGAUUAAAGUUGCUCUGUGUUUGUUUUUGUUUUAUGCUUGCUAAAUGGUUUGAUUUGUAUAGUAUGUGUAAAUCCUUUGAAUAAAGACAUUUUACAAAAUA